CUUGCGUUUGACUGCGGUGCGUUCGGCUACGGAAGCGCGACUGCGGACCGAUGCGGAGUACGCUUGCGGAGAGCUUGUACACACAGUUGCGUCGAAGCGCCGUCCGCCGCAGUCAAGAACCAAUAGGAGCUUGCUAUCGGCUCUUGCGGCGCACCAAUCGAAACCGCGACUUGCAGAGCGAAUGAAGUCAAGCAACUAUGAUCACAACGAACAUGGCGGCGUCCAGCGGUAGCGUCGCGACUUUUCCGUGUCCCCCCGGGUUGUCGAGGUUCCAACAAACAGAAAACCUCAGGAAUCUCUUCCUGGACUGCGUGCGGGGCUACAUUGCGCAGGCCGGCAGUGAGACGAACUGGCCCCUGGUUGUGCGGGCUACCACAGCCAUGAUCUUGCUCCAGCGACGGCGCCACCCCGGCCGCGAGUGGGUUCGAUCACUCCUCCGCUCCCGCGAAACUUUCGGUGAAUACCAUCAUUUAGUUCGCGACAUGCGUUUGGACAACGGGCAAGACUUUUUUCUGUACUUCAGAAUGACGAGGCAGAGAUUCGACCACCUCCUCUCGCUGGUCGGCCCCAGCCUACAGAAGGAGACAACCUUCUGGAGGGAGCCCAUACCACCAGCUGAAAGGUUGGCCCUGACAAUCAGGUACCUUGCUCAUGGAGCAUCCCAGGCCAUCUGUGCGAUGACCUUUCGGAUAGGGCGGUCUACCGCAAGUGAGAUCAUCCAAGAGACCUGCGAGGCCCUGCGUGCAGUAUUGGAACCCCUCUAUCGCCCUGUACCCAAUACUGCCCAGUGGGAGCGCAUCGCAGCAGGCUUCAGCACUCAGUGGAACUUCCCGAACUGUGUCGGGGCCCUGGAUGGAAAGCACGUGGCAAUUGAGGCUCUACCAGGUGCAGGCUCCGACACAUUCAAUUACAAAGGCUUUCACAGCAUUGUGCUGAUGGCCUGCUGCGAUGCGAGCUACAAGUUCACCCUGGUGGACGUCGGGCAGCCUGGGCGGUACAGCGAUGGCGGUGUGUUCCGCAACUCCGAGAUGGGCGAGCGGAUCCUGUCGGACACAGCAAGCCUGCCUCCGCCAGCGCACCUGCCCGACACAAGGACGAAGCUCCCAUUUGUGUUUGUGGGGAACGAGGCGUUUCCCCUGCUCACAAAUCUGAUGCGCCCCUUUCCUCGUAAGGGCCUGAAGUUACCACAGAAAGUGUUUAACUACAGGCUCUCUCGAGCAAGGCGCGUCAUUGAGAAUACCUUUGGGAUACUUGUGGCGCGUUGGCGCAUAUUCAGACAACCAAUCCAGGCGUCCGCGAAGACCUUGGAGGCCGUUGUCUGGGCAUGUGUCAGCCUCCACAACUAUCUCAGGGCAUCGGACGAGAGUGAGCGGGGGGAGCGCCUCUACUGCCCUACUGGGUACGUUGACACUGACAAGGAAGGUCACCCGGGCCAGAUCACCAACGGCCGCUGGCGGGUUGAGAGUGCUGACGGCACUGCUCUCUCGGAUGUGGGGCGUGUCAGCUCCAACACGCAUGCAACAGUUGCCAAAAGUGUCCGUGAGAAGUACAUGAAGUACUUCUGCAGCCGUCGUGGCGAGGUCCCAUGGCAAUACAAUAUGGUGUUGAGGGGAGCGGCACCGGCAGCACCUAAUGCCUAG